ACAUGAUGUCAACCUAUGGCUGCUGUCCCCUCCGCCGCAUCUAUGUCCUCUUAUUACCACAACUUCCAAAACCUUCAAUGACCACAACGGUUAUGGCCUUCUCCCUCUCCUCACCAAAACUAAACUUCUGUAACCAAACCCCAGCAACACUUGUACAUUUUAAAUCAUCCAAUCGAAAAUACGCAGCCUCUUUUAAUUUCAAAGUCGUCAAUGCUAUCUCCAGCACCGGAAACUCUGGAACUCCGGCGGUAUUGCCAUUUACUCCGGCGGAUAAUGGAACUCCCCUGCCACUUAAUCCCAAGGUUAAGUCUCAUACAAUCUCAGUGUUUGUUGGAGAUGAAAGUGGUAUUAUCAACCGAAUUACAGGGGUUUUUGCUAGAAGAGGUUACAAUAUUGAGUCCCUUGCUGUUGGUUUAAAUAAAGAUAAAGCUUUGUUUACCAUUGUUGUCUCUGGAACUGAGAAGGUCUUGCAACAAGUUGUGGAGCAGCUUAACAAGCUUGUUAAUGUCCUAAAGGUGGAAGAUCUUUCCAGGGAACCACAAGUAGAAAGGGAAUUAAUGCUCGUGAAGCUUAAUGUUGAUCCAGGCAAAAGAGCCGAGAUUAUGUGGCUAGUAGACGUCUUUAGAGCCAACGUCGUGGAUGCAUCAGCAGACUCGUUGACCAUAGAGGUUACUGGGGAUCCUGGGAAGAUGGCUGCCGUUCAGAGAAAUUUAGCCAAGUUUGGAAUCAAAGAGCUCACAAGAACAGGAAAGAUUGCUCUAAGAAGGGAAAAACUGGGUGAAACUGCUCCAUUUUGGAACUUUUCUGCAGCUUCUUAUCCAGAUCUGGAAUCCCCGACUCCUACGUCUACUGUUUCAAGAAUUACUCACACGGUUGCUGAGAAUCUUACUGCAUCGUCAGGGGGUGACGUUUAUCCUGUGGAGUACUACAAUGGCUUUGAAAUGAAUCAAGUUCUUGACCCCCAUUGGGGUGUGCUCUAUGACGAAGAUUCAACUGGUCAUCAGUCUCACACUUUGAACAUUCUUGUCAAUAAUGCUCCUGGAGUUCUCAAUCUGGUCACCGGAGUUAUAUCCAGAAGGGGUUACAACAUUCAGAGUCUGGCCGCAGGUCCUGCAGAAAUGGAGGGUCUAUCUCGCAUUACAACCGUGAUUCCUGGCACAGAUGAAUCUAUCCGCAAGUUGGUCAAGCAGUUCUGCAAAUUGGUGGAUGUUCAUGAGGUCAAAGAUAUCACCUACCUGCCAUUUUCAGAACGCGAGCUAAUGUUGAUUAAAGUAGCUGUAAAUUCUGCUGCUCGAAGAGAUGUUCUGGAUAUUGCCAGCAUCUUUCGAGCCAAGCCUGUUGAUGUUUCUGAUCAUACAAUUACAUUAGAGCUGACAGGAGACUUUAACAAGAUGUUUGCACUUCAAAGAUUAUUGGGGUCGUAUGGAAUUUGUGAGGUGGCAAGAACGGGUCGGGUGGCAUUGGUGCGAGAGUCAGGGGUCGAUUCUACAUAUCUACGUGGGUACUCUCUUCCGUUGUAGUACGUGCUGUAUGUUGUAACACUUCUUAGCGGAUCUGCAUUAUAAUCACUGCAAUUUCGCCAUCUAUAAACGAUGUUCCUUGCAUCCUCCAUGAUCCCUCAUUUAAAGUCCACUGGCUUUUCCAACCGGUACAGGAUCUUGUAUACGAGUGAUCGGGAUUUGUUGCGUGUACUUUUACCACUCAAAAGAAGGAAUAAAAAAAAAAAGGAAUGCCUAUUGUUUCUUUUGAAAUAGACGUUAAGUCUGUUCAUAUCUUAUUUUGCAUACUCUACUUUUGAGUGAGAUAUACUGGAUUGGUUUACUGUAUUUCCUCGCUGUAUUUCCAGCGGU